GCGGAAUAUGAAGGGAUAAAAAUGAAGGAGUCCUAUGAGGUGAAUUCUAGAGGUCUGGAAAUAUUCACUAAACGUUGGCUUCCAGAGAAUUCUCCAGUAAAGGCAUUAGUAUUUUUCUGUCAUGGUUAUGGAGACACCUGCACAUUUUUUGUUGAAGGUAUUGCCAAGAAAAUAGCCUCAGCUGGCUAUGCUUUUUUUGCUAUGGAUUACCCUGGUUUUGGUCUUUCAGAAGGACUACAUGGCUAUAUCCCAAGCUUUGAUAAUCUUGUUAAUGACGUGGUUGAGCAUUUCUCCAAAAUUAAAGAAAAUUCUGAAUUCAAAGGCCAUCGAAGCUUCUUAUUUGGCGAAUCAAUGGGUGGAGCAGUCGCCUUGAAGAUUCAUCUUAAACAGCCUCAGUUAUGGGAUGGUGCAAUUCUGCUUGCACCAAUGUGUAAGAUAGCAGAUGACGUGAUUCCCCCUUGGCCCAUGGUGCAUCUUCUGAUCGGUUUAGCCAAAGUUCUUCCCAAAGAAAAGCUGGUACCUCAGAAGGAUUUAGCAGAAAUGGCAUUCAAGGACUUGAAAAAGCGGGAGCAGACUGCAUAUAAUGUCAUUGGUUACAGAGGUAAACCACGCUUGAGGACAGCCGUGGAGAUGCUCCAGACCACACAGGAAAUAGAACGUCGACUUGCAGAAGUUUCUCUACCUUUAUUAAUUCUGCAUGGUGAGGCUGAUAAGGUGACUGAUCCCUCAGUCAGCAAGGCUUUGUAUGAGAAGGCCAAAAGCUCAGACAAAAAACUCCUCCUUUAUGAAGGUGCUUACCAUUCCCUUAUUGAAGGAGAAUCUGAUGAGAUGAUUUUCCGAGUUCUUGGUGACAUUAUUUCAUGGCUUGAUGACCACUCUGCUGAAAAGUCUAAUAAUUAACUUUGUCUCUCUCUCUCUCUCUCUCUCUCUUUCUCUCUCAUCUCUCUAUCUAUCUAUCUAUUGGUUUCAAAACGAGUUAACAGGUAGAGCUUGGGUCCGACCCAAACUUGACCAGAUAUGAAUUCAAUCGAUUCAAACUUGGCCUAUUUAAUAACAGGUCAAAGAUAUGGACUCAAAUCCAACCCGGUGAUAACACGGAUGAUCUAAUAACCCGUUAUGUGCAUGAUUGGUUUAUUCAAAAUUAUAUCAAUUUUCAUAGAUCAGAAUGAACCUGUCUGUCUUGUUUGUUUGGUUGUUUUAGGUUGCCAAAAUAUUUCUUAUAUAAUAAUGUAAAGUCUUAGCAAGCGACAUGUUUUCUUUCUGUAAGUUAUGUCCUUUGGAUGUAAUACUUUGUUUGGUAGCUCCAUCUAAAUUUUCAGAUUUGGAUUUAUAUAUAAACUGUAUUUGUUUGUU